GCAAGCCGCGCAAUACACAUCUACACUCUUCAAAAUGGCUGGCUGGGUUAUGCGCGAGAACAAAGUGCCUUACUGGCAACGCGAGUUCCAGAAGCACGACGGACUGAGGACCUGGGAGAAGGCCCGUGGAAAGUGGAUGGUUCCCGGAUUCAAGGUCAUCAUGUUCAGCAGCUUCGGUGCCAGCAUGUACAUGAUGGGCCGUCUCGUCCUUGGACACAAGACCUGGUUCGGCAAGAACUAGAAACUCCCACCUCGAAUAUGAUAUCCGGAUAGGAGGGGCCCGGGAUGAGUCGUCUGCAUCUGUACAAUCAAUCAACAAGCCUUUGCCCUCCAUGACAACUAUUUCGUCUGGCCGCAUAGAACAAUCAAUACCGUCUCUUUUCGUUGCCUUUACUUCUGUAGAGUGAUGCUGCCGUCCUUUGACUGUUAUAUUAGUCCGAUUACGGCUAGCUCCUUACCGCCAUUUGCAAUUACGUCCAUAUUGAGGUGC